CAUUUUUUUUUUCUUUUUCUUUCCCUUUAUCUUUUUUGCUACUUUGACUUGAUUCUAAUUAUACACAUUUCAAAAUGAACUUUUUCAAGGAUGAUUAUUAAAACCUAUGCAGAAUUUUAGGUAGAAAUUAUGAUGGUUACUGUUGGUAGUUGCUGAAUUUAAUCCACUCAAAAAGUGUAUAUCAUUUUGCUAGCUACUUUCAAUUCUCAAAGCCAUCAAGAGAGUUCAUUUUCUACCAGUUCUCUGCGUUGCAUUUAUUGUGUGAUUUAUCAUGUAACUAUAUCAAUGGUCCAUUUGUCUUCAUUCAAUUGAUUGUUUAGAUUAUGAUUAUACUCAAGAUUUUUGAAGAUUAACCUUGUUAUUCUUGAUACAGUGUAUGGGGUUGAAUAAAUGAAGUCACAGAUCAAAAUUGCUCUUGCUAUUGUUAUUAGUUUGCUUUGGAUUCAACACUCCAUUUGUGAUGAAGCAUCUGAUACAUCUGUCCUAAACAAGUGGAAAUGUAGAUGUUCUUCUUUUGAAGGGAAUCAAAGCAACUCUCUUGCUAAUUGUUCAAAAUCAUGCGAUUGCCACUCAGAUCCCGAAGAGGGUGCAUCUAUAUGGACAUGUAUUUGUGAUCCCAAUGGAUUUCCCGAAGUGGCAGCAGAUGGUAAUAGCUCUAAUUGCUUUCACGCCUGCAACUGCACCUGGGGAACUGUCAGCACGUCAUUAGGUUCAAAGAAACACAUUUCCAGCAAGGUUGUUGUAGUUAUCCUAGUGAUAUGUGUUAUAUGCACAACUAUUGCAUUGCUUACCUCAGCUGUAUGCUACGUCUACCGAAGGGACAGAUGCUCUAUUCAAUCACCAAUAUUCUCGUCAGAUAAGGAAACCAGUAGUGGUAGUACCGCCAACCUAAUCAGCUAUAGGACAGGAAUUUCUUCAGUGACAGAAACAAAACUUUUUAUAAGUUCUCCUAUUUGUCACAUCACAGGAUGCUUUCAGAAACCUUCUUUUUUGUUUGGGAGCCAAAAAGAAACUUUCUAUGGAAACAUUAUUCAAUUUCCAUUUACUGAACUGGAAAGUGCCACCGAUAACUUUUCAGCUACCAACCUUAUUGGAGUAGGCGGAAGUAGUUACGUAUACCGUGGUCGGCUAAAAGAUGGCAAUAUUGUGGCAGUUAAACGCCUAAAAGAUCAUGGAGGGCCAGAAGCAGACUCUGCAUGUUUCAAGGAGAUUGAACUAUUAGCUAGACUUCAUCAUUGUCAUUUGGUGCCGUUACUUGGAUACUGCUUAGAAUCAAAAGGAAAACAUGUUCAAAGGUUAUUAGUAUUUGAGUACAUGAAUAAUGGAAAUUUGAGGGAGUGUUUAGAUGGAGUUUCUGGAAAAUAUAUGGAUUGGACUACUCGUGUUAUGAUUGCAGUUGGAGCAGCAAGGGGCUUGGAAUAUCUCCAUGAAGCAGCUGCUCCAAGAAUUCUUCAUAGAGAUGUGAAAUCAACCAACAUUCUUCUAGAUGAAAAUUGGCAAGCAAAGAUCACUGAUCUUGGUAUGGCUAAAAACUUGAGAUCUGAUGACCUACCAAGCGGUUCAGAUUCUCCAGCAAGAAUGCAAGGGACAUUUGGCUAUUUUGCACCUGAGUAUGCGAUUAUUGGUAGAGCCUCUCUUGAAUCAGACGUCUUUAGUUUUGGUGUGGUUCUUCUCGAGCUUAUCACGGGUCGACAUCCUAUCCAUAAAACUACCGGAAAAGAAGAAAGCCUCGUUAUAUGGGCUUCUCCUCGUUUGCUGGACAGUAGACGAAUAAUAUCGGAGUUAGUUGAUCCACAAUUGGAAGGAAACUUCCUAGAAGAAGAGGUGCAUAUAAUGGCAUACCUAGCAAAGGAGUGCUUGCUUCUGGAUCCAGACACUCGACCAACAAUGAGCGAGGUUGUUCAAAUUCUUUCAAGUAUUUCUCCGGGAAAAUCAAGGAGGAGAAGAAACAUUCCCGCUAGCUUGUUUCAGGAAGCGGAGAAUGCAGAAGAGCAAAGGCAAGUUCCAUCCAAUGAAUUUGCAACUCAUAAUUUAUCAUCACUAGAUAUCGAUCAUAAUCCGUGUGUUGGAAACAAAAAUAAAGAAGCAGAUGCAGUUUCAGCUGAGUAUAUGGAAAGUUUAAUCUUGUUGUCAUCAAAAUCUAAUAGCUCUCAUGCAUCAGAAGAGGAAAUCGUAGACAUAACCGAGCCUCGGUUCGAAUCAUUUUGCAUGACAGAUGGACUGUCCCUUGAAAAUACUCUCCUUGAAUAAUGAUAUUUAUUGUGCAUUGCUCACAAGGGAUGAAGCAAUGCAAUCUGGUUUUGAGAUUAUGUUCUACAUUUUUUUUUUCAGUUCUGUUUUGAAUUGAAUAUACAGCACAUAGAUGUGGUUAGAUUAUAAGCACAAAAAAUAUAUUCAAUGUAUUCUUGUACAAAAAAGCUUAGGAGGACUAUAGGUGAGGUUAAUUUUGGUUCUUUCAUUUGGAGAAGAAUCCGAUUUUAUUAAUUAACAUCGUAUAUUUUUUCGGACAAAUA